UGACAUGGUUAAUUGACAGCUUGUCACUUCAUGUUACAGUUAAUAGCUGAAUGCCAACAACUGAAGGAAGAAAGACAGACAGAUCCCCUGAAUGAAGAUGUCCUCUUGGCCAUGGAAGACAUGGGACUAGACAAAGAGCGUACACUACAGGCGGAGCAGGCAGGAACAGCUAUGAGCAUCAGUGUGCCCCAGGUGCAGCUGAUCAACCCGGAGAACCAGAUUGUGGAGCCGGAUGGGACAUUAAACUUGGACAGCGAUGAGGGUGAAGAGCCCUCCCCUGAGGCCUUGGUCCGCUAUUUGUCAAUGAGGAGGCACACAGUGGGUGUGGCUGACCCACGGUGAGUAUCUGGGCGACAGCUCUGCUCAACACCAAUGCAGAGAAUUCCCACAUGGCACAUUUUC